CUAUUCGGUCUCGCUUAAAAUAAUGGAAGUUUUAAAACAAUUUAUGAAUGUGUUUAAUAUCGCUUAAUUUCACUUUUCGCUAAUGAACGAGAUUGUGAAUUGAUGUAACGCGGAAGCAGUCAUAACUAAUGUUUAGGUUCAAGAUUAGCAGCUAGUCAGUGUGUUAGCGCUACCGUUAGCUAGCUGCUGAAAACUUGAAGAUAUUUAAAGCGUUUAACGACAAAGUGCGAAAAUUGUGACUAACAACCGUGAGAGGAUUUACGCUCCACUGAUUUAAACAUGGAGUCUUCGGACAACGCGGGCGAUGAGACGCCCAUGAGUGCCCAGAACGUGUACUCGGCUCUGGGUCUGAGCCCAGAGGACGUCGAGGCUUUGGCUCAAAUCCCAGAGAACGAGAUCAGCGUGGAAACAUUACCUUAUCUCAUCAUGCAACUCAAAGCCAAGCGGGCAGAAAAGGCUGCCGCUGCUACUGCCACCACCGCCGCCGCCACCACCGCCGCCGCUGCUGCUGCCACCGUCGCCACUAUUCCUGCUGCUGCUGCCGCUACAGACACGGAUUCUAGCGACAAACCAGAGGCGGAGUCUAAACAGGCAGAUGAAGAUACAGAAACGACAGAAAAAAAGAUGGAGAAAGGUGAAAGCCCGCCAUCUUCGAGUGCGUCACGUCAGGAGUCCAGCCAGGAACAUGAGCAACCCGGGAAGGGGGACAGCCACAAGAAGAGUGAACGAGCAAGUUCAGGAGGACGGAGGGACUCCAAAUCGAGGAAGUCAUCCCGAGAGAGACAGAGCAGCGACGGUGCAACCGCAGAGGAAAAUGAGUACGAUGACAAGCCGACAGUUUUCCCGCACAUCUGUACGCUCUGCAAGACAGAGAGCAAUGGCUCCAAGGCAUGGCAGAGUCACAUCCGGGGCUUCCGGCACACCAAAGCACGUAGAGAGCAGAUGCUGUCCAGCUCAACUGACGACUCUCACUCGUCUCGUCGAGGUUCUCGCUCGUCCCUGCCAAGUAAACGCUCCUACAGUUCAGAACGGAGCUCAGGAGACCUAUCUUCACCCUCGGAACGUUUUUAUCACCCUCCUAAGCCCUUCACAAAAGUGGUGGUGGCCAAAUAUCCGAUGGGCAGCAUGGCCGUGGCGGACAUGUUGGAGCUGGGAAAACCAUUUGGAACCAUAGUUAAGCAUCUCAUCUUCCCUUUUAAGGGAUUUUUGGAGUUCAGCUCUCAUACAGAAGCAAAGGACAUGGUCGCUCACUAUCAGACUAAACCCGCCUUCAUUAAGGGUCAGCGCAUCAUUCUGUGUUUAUCCCCAACCGUCGAGGUCAUUCAUCCUCCAGAGGCGUACGAGCCAUCGUCGAAGCGCUCGAAGCCGUCCUCCCAGUCUGUUGUGUGUUUUUCGCGUCUGCCUCCAGGGAAGGAGACGGAGGACAAGGUGCUGGAACUCGCAGGUUUAUUCGGUGAUGUGCGCUAUUCAAAAUUCACUGAAGACAAGGGUUUGAUAGAGAUGGCGGAUUGGCAUGAUGCGGACAUAAUGGUAAAGUACUAUCACUUCAACCCACUGAGGAUUCAAGACAGGAGCAUCAAAGUGUCCAUUUCAUCUCGAACCAACCUCCGAGACAGCAGCCCCGAGCGUUCUUCCAGCAAAAAGUCAGACUCCAGCAAGAGCCGCAGCAGCAGACAGAGAAGCGAGUCGUCCUCCUCCAAGAGUGCGUCCCACUCCAGCAGCAAAGACAAGGAGAAGACUGAGGACAAGAAGGAGGGAGAGAAAAAACAGGAGAAGGAGGGAGAGACAAAAGAAGAGAAGGAGAAAGUGGGUGAGAAAAAAGAGGAGAAGGAGGCGGAGAAGAAGGAGGGCGAGGAGACCAAGAUGAAGGAGGAAGAGGCGAGGAACGAGGAAGGUGUUCAGGAGGGGGAGGAGGAAGAGCAUAGCCUGGUAGACAAAGGUGGGGCGGAGGUUGAAGCCAUGGAAACAGAAGAAGUACAGGCGAAGGGUGAGGAGGUGGAGAAGGAAGGAGCGGAUGAGGCUGAUGCUAAGGAGGAGGAGGAGAGGAAAGAAGAAGAGGAUCAAGUUCAGGAGGAGAAAGACGAGAGACACUCAGAGCGAGGAUCGGAGGAGGAAGCUGAGGAACAGGAUGACCUGGAGGACAUGGACUUCCCAGAGAAUAUGGAUGAUUUUGUCACCCUGGACGAGCUGGACGAGCUGGACAACACAGCUGGAGACUCAAUAGAUUCCUCUGAACCUCAGAGGGGUAAAGUGGUUGUUGUGAGACCCAUCAGGAACGAAUUUAAAGAAUCCCGUAAGAAAUACAUGAAAGAAGCUCUGUUCAAGAUGGCCGCCCCGUUUGGUGAAGUCGUCAACUUCGCCAUCUCCUACUACAGACAUGAGGCGCUGAUUGAACUGGAAUCGGUGGAGAAGGCUCGUGAGAUGGUCGAUUUCUAUAAAAGCAGAAAGCGGUCGAGGCUGUGCGGGAGACCAGUGUCCGUGACGCUGUGUAUGACCUUCGACACCAUCGAGGGUCCCAGUGGGAGGACGUUGUUUAUCAGCAUGCUCCCUUUUUUCAAGUAUUCAGACAAGUCUCUUCUCAGACUCGCACGGCCUUUUGGGAAAAUCACCGCCUACUGCUUCAACAGGGUGUACGGAACGUGUUACAUCCAAAUGGAGUCAGUGGAAGCAGCUGACAGAAUGAUCCAGAAAUAUUUACCCUGGCCUCUGAAAUUGUACGGCACUUCUCUAAAGAUCACUAAGUGCAGGAAAGGAGACUCUCUGAUUCCCUGGACUACAGCGGAUAAGUUUGAGCUCUGGUACGAGUCGAAGAUGGGGGCAAGCUUGGAAGAGAGGAGAGAAAACGGCCAGGCGGUUAAAAACAGCAGUGGAGAGGACCAUCACAGUCCUCUGUCCAGCUCUGAAGGUGUGUGUGGAGAUCCUGCAGAUGAAGGAGAAGAUUCAGAAGAAGAAGAGAAAGAUCAGACCCCCCUCGGACCCUACCAACCCGACAACCCUGUGGGUAUCAGCUACGUCGUCCCCAAGAGUGGUUUCUUCUGCAAGCUCUGUAACGUUUUUUACACAGAUGAAAAAAAGGCCAAAUCGGAGCACUGCAGCAGCCUGGAACAUUACACCAUGCUGAAGAAGAAGCGCGGUGAGGCGACUGAGGAAGAGGAGGAGGAGGAGGAACAGAUGGAUGGCCAGACAGAAGGAUGAACGCAUCAUCGACCGAUGGAGAUCAAACACCUGAUUUCACUGCAUAUUUUUUUCUAUAAAAAGGAAAAAAAAGAACUAGGGCAACAUUCCAACCUUCGUGUUUCAGUCCUUUUUUUUUUGUUACAUAUACUUUGUUUCGUUUUAUUUGACAAACCACAACAGAGAGAGACAAAUGCUCAUCAGAUGAUCAGACAACAAAACUAAUUGCUUCUUAAUUGUUUCAGGUGGUGUGUGUGAGAGCAGAUUAGGGGUUCAGUCAUCGUAGAUUCUUAUUGAAUAAACAAAAGUCUGUUUGAACAAAA